AGAUGACGGCAGAGAAAAAGAAUUCUUUUUAUUGGAUUUUGCUCUUAAUUGUUUUUCCAAGUUCGGAUUUUUUCAGUUAAUUAUCAUUCCUUUUCUUGAUUCUAAUCUUAAUUAUCAUCUACCCCCAAAUCCUAGAUUCUUCAAUUAGAUCCCAAAGUCCAAAACUUUUCAAUUGUAUUAGUGUGUGCUGGCACCCACUAAUCCUUUUCUUUUUCUUCUAUUUUUCAAACUCGCCAAGCCUCGAGAUCUUCCUUUCCCUCAUGUCCCCCCUCUCGAACUUUUUUUGGGCUGAAUAUAUAUGGCUUCAGAAGGGAAAUCAACUCAAAACCAAGAAAUGAGGUAAUAUCUUGAAAAACAAAGUAGAGUUAAGGUUGCCUGACACCUGCUCUUGUGCUGUCAUAUAUGACCAUGUUCAAGAUUUAUGUCUACUUUUAGUUCUCGUAUCAGAUACGUCUCUUAAAUGCUUGAUUUGUUGUCUUGACUAACAUGGUAAAACGGAGCAAAUAAAAAACAGAACUUUGUUGCUGUCUUUUUUCACGGAUUUUCUUUAUUUUUGUUGAUUUGUGAUUUAGAAGGAGGUUUGGUAGAGAAGGAAGGUUUUAAAAAAAUAUAUAGAAUUUGAAGCUCAUGGCAGGAUGGUCAAUUUUGACAAAUGGUUCUGCUUUAGAUUGUGUUGAUGAUGUUAUUAAUAUAUUCAAGGGUGAUGGUGGUUGUUGUCUAGAUAGUAAUCAUCACGCGAAGGAUGCUGAGGCUAAGGAUUGCACUGCUGUUGAUAAUUCUGAUGAGGAUGAUUAUGAGUGUGAGGAUAAAGUAAUAUGCUUGUUUGAUGAACUCGUUUCAAAGUUUUUGAAUGAGGCCGCUGAAGGAGGGUGUAUUAGGCCUAUUCCAGCAUUGCUUGGUGAUGGGCAAUCUUUGGAUUUGUUCAGACUCUUUUGGGUUGUGAGAAAGAGAGGUGGCUUUGAUUUGGUAAACGGUUUUUGGAGCUUUGUGGCUAAAGAGUUAGGGUUAGAUCUUCAAUUUUCACCUACGGUUAAGUUGAUAUAUAUUAAGUACUUGUAUGAGUUGGAAAAAUGCAUGAGUAGGAGUUGUAAAGAGGAAAAAAUAAGAAAGGGGAAGCGUCAGUGUGAUGGGAAUCUGAGUUGUUCGUCAUUGGAGCUAGAGAUGCAGCUCAGAAGUUUAUUACUGCAUGGAUGUGAUAGAAAGCAAGAGGAUUGUAAAUUUGCUUCAGAAGUGUAUGAGAAAAAUGGCAGGUACGUUGAGAUGGAUUCUGGGAAGGGUAAAAUGGGUUUGUCAGACACCAAAGCUGUACAUCGAGUACACAAUGGUGUUGGAAAUAGGAAUUGUGAUUAUGACAAAAAUUUUCAUGCUGAAAAAAAUAAUUAUUUUAAUGAUAGUGAUGAUGAUGUUGUGACAUUGGAUCCGAGCAUUGUUAAGAAAGAAUUUAAUUCUCGCAAGAGAAAACGAGAAUCUCUAACAAGAAUGCUUAACUGGGUGAUCCAAAUUGCAAAAUGUCCCGAUGAUCCUUCCAUCGGAGUAAGAUCACCACAUUUUAAGUGGAAGGAUCAUAAAGGCAAUGAGUUGUGGCUCCAAGCCAUAAGGGCACGGGAAGCUCUCCUACAUAGAAGGCAUUGUGAUCCUAACAUUGAACAGUCACUCUUUCAGGUAUGCAAUAUGAACUUCCACGACAAUCGAAAGAUGCAUCCAUCCAUGUUUGAGGAUGUUAGUGUUCCAAGUGAACACUUUGCAGAGAGGUCAAGAUGCAGCAAGCGGCUCCCUGCUCUAGUGAAACAUCACGUACGCUCUUGUUGUAAUUCAUGUUCUGCCCCUCAAAGUAAAUCUACAAGUCCUCUUAAGACAGUGUGUGAGAAUGGCCUUAAGGAGCAAGAAUUUGCUGUUGAUUUAUCAUCCAAAAACGCAACAUUUGAUGGAUCUGGGGAUGGGCAUGUCCGUAGGCAUGUUGCUGUGGGCCCUCUCUUCCAAGCUGAAGUCCCUGAGUGGACUAGCGUGGUUUCCGAGAGUGAUUCUAAAUGGCUGGGCACACGAUUAUGGCCUUUGGAAUCUGAAAACCAUAAUGCUGUAUUUGUUAUGGAUCCAAUUGGAAAUGGAAGACCCAGUGUAUGUGGCUGUCAGCUUCCAGGUUCAGUUGGAUGUGUGAGAUUUCAUAUUGCCGAGAAAAGAAUUAAAUUGAAGCUUGAACUGGGUCAUUUGUUCUAUCAUUGGCAGUUUGAUCGCAUGGGUGAGGAAGUUUCACUUAGAUGGACCACCGAAGAAGAAAAGAGAUUCAAGGAUAUGGUCAAGUUUAACCUUUUAUCCGCAGGCAAAUGCUUCUGGGACAACAAACACAAAUAUUUUCCUAGAAAGACCAGGGAAGAAUUGGUAAGCUAUUACUUCAAUGCAUAUCUUGUUCGGCGCAGAAGUUAUAAGAACCGUGUAACUCCAAAAAAUACUGAUAGUGACGAUGAUGAAACAGAGUUUGGAUCUCUUAGUGAUGGUUAUGGCCAUGAAGCACUUGUGGUUCCAGGUGCCUAUAUGUUGAUAUGUUCUGAGAAUAAGCAAUGCACUGAUUUCAAAUAGACAUGAAUUUAGGUUCAGAACAGCUUCUCUUAUCUGAAAAUUGAAUCCCUUUAUUGUACUACCAAAGCAUAGCUCGAUGCUCCCAACGAUUUUGAUUGGACCGGGAGGUCGCAAGAGAGUAACUCAAUUUUGUGAAGAUCUUCUAUUGCAGUGGAGUCAGGUGGUGGAAACCCGGGGGAAAGAGAUUGCAUGAUGUGCUAAGAAUGCCCUCACGCUGCUCGCCGAGUAUCUCGAGUUAUUUACUUGUGCAUUAACAAUUUUAAGGAGCUGUGAGGCAGCAUUCUCUCCACCAUCAUCCCAUACCAGCUGCUAAUCUUCGAUGAAGGAAAUUUUAGGAGUGAAAGAAAGUUGCGGACAGUGGUGUUUCUUGGGGUUCAACUGGUACUUAAUUUUGUGUUCAAAAUGUUGUACAUGGCUGCAUGCUUGCUAUUGUGAAUUCUUUAAAAAUCUUCAUUGAGGGUUGUGGUGGACCUCGCGGAAGUUGUCUAAGCCACGGCCAUUUUCCCUCUCCUGCCUUGUGUUGCUUUCUGGAACCUUCCUCUUUCUAUAAUGUUAAAUGUUCAUGUAGGUACUUGUACUGCUUGCAGUUUGAAGAUGGAUGCUCAAAGAAAGUUGUACCA